AUGGACAGUCCACCUCCAGUGACUGUGAUUAACAGGCUGGGUGAAGGGGCCUACGGCACAGUGGACUUGGUUGACUGUGGCGGUGAGGUGGUGGUGAGGAAAGUGUUUAAAUACCAAGACAGUUACGCAGAGGCUUACUCUCUGUGCCUCCUGCAAGGGGCAGGCGGCGCCCCUGUGCUGCUGGGAGUGAACCCACAGCCCCUCACCCUGUUCACCUCAUUCUGCGGCUCCAGCCUCACCCUGGACGCCUACCUAGAGUCCCGCCCCCCCUUGGACCUGCUGCUGCACGUCCUGCUGGAUCUGAGCGUCAAGCUGCAGCAGGUGCACGACGCUGGCCUGGUACACCUGGACCUGAAGGGCGACAACGUCCUGGUGAGUCAAACUCCGCAGGGAGUUCUGGAGACCCACGUCAUCGACUUCGGCCUCGCCUCACUGCCCGGGCGGGACAGCGGCUUCAGGGACGUGGACCUGGACCGCUACAACUGGAUGUGUCCCCAGGCGUGCCGCGGCGGCACCGUCACCUUCGCCGCCGACGUGUACGCGCUGGGCCGCCUCAUCCAGACGGUGCAGCGGCACUUCCUGGGCGACUUCCUCUACACCCUGCUGGGCCACGUGGCCGACCUGGCCCUCACGCCCGAACCCAGCCAGCGCCCGCCGCUGUGGGCCAUCACUGCCUUCCUGCGCCGCCUGCAAGACCCAGACCCUACUGACAGCCCCCAACAUUCACUGCCUAGCCCCAACCCCCCACCCUCACCGCCCAGCCGCAGUCCCCGUCCCUCACCGCCCACCCCACAGAGCCCCCCCUCACCGCCCAGCCGCGGCCCCCCACCCUUGCCGUGUUUCCUGAGACUACUCAUGAGAGGGGUGAUGAACGUUAUGAGGGUUGCGAUGGAAAUGACAUUCGAGUAA